UGGUGACAAGCUACGUCUCAGAGACCACGGGUGCAAGCCGGCGUCCGUGAGGAGAAGGAAACAUAGCCUUAAGAUCGCGGUUUAUCGUUCUAAGAAACUUUGGAACCUACGUUAAGGUUGAACGCACAGAAAGGUAGACUUUUAGUUUUGCUUUGGUGGGCAUUUUGGCGGGAGCGACGAAAAAGAGGAAAGAGGCUCGAGUGAGACAUCGGCAGCAACAAGGUUAGGGACGCAGAGCCAACAACAACAUUGGAACUUUGUGGUUGUGAAGCUUUGGUCAAGAUUUGGACGACCUCCUGUCACGAGAAUAACUCUGAUUUUUUUCCGGAUUCGAAUCGGCCUAGUAGAAACUAUCAGAAACGAGUACAUACGGUAAACUAUUGCAAGUCGCAGACGACAUUUAGGUCAGUCCUGAAGUAGUCGGUCGGGAUGUGACAUCCCUGCGGGCAAGGUCGCCAGCAGAUGCCUUCUUGGAAGGGAAGGGCAGUCAGAAAGAUCUUGAGGAGCAUUUGUACUGGAAGGUCUGGCUACAGUCACCCUCAGCCUGAAGACCCCAUGGAUUACGGCGAGUUUAGGUUCGCCCGGUGCCGUCUGUGUGGAGAUCCCGUCAACAAUCCCAGAAUCCUGUGCUGCUGGCACGUCUUCUGUCAGGACUGCAUCAUAGGAUACAACACAGAAGAAGAACAGGUCAAAUGUCCCGUAUGUAAGGAGGUCACCCCCCUACCCCCGGAGGGGAUUCCCGGUUUGCAGCACAGGGCUCGCGGGUUCCUGUUCCGAAUCGGGAGUCAGAGCCCGAAGAUCGCCGAGUUCACGAACAACAUCUACCUUCGGCACUACUGUCCCCAACGCGCGAAACAGGUGCAAGACCACAGAAAGUGCUUCGUACCAGCAACGAAGAGGUGUAUUGAGUGUGACGAGUACAUGUGCUCCCUCUGUUCACCCAACCACCUGUUAGAGAUGCAUAAAGCGCCACCUAUCGUCUGCGGACGGCACAACAAACCAGAGGAUUUCUACUGUGAAGACUGUAACGUGGUGACGUGUUCCCGCUGUGCCGGAACUAUCCACAUCCACCACGACACGUGCGAGAUGGAGGAGGUCGCCACCGGGUUCAGGGAGGUCAUGGAGAUCUGGUUGGACCAAUGGCGACAGGGGAGAUGGCAGAUGGAAGAAGACCUUGAGAUGAGUCUCCUGGAGGUGAACACACAGAUCCAGAUGCAGUCUGACAGGAUCCUGGACUCGAUCAUAGAUGUGCUCAGGCAACGUGAACUGGACCUGCUGAAUCAGGUGGACAAAUUUGCCAGAGACAUGUGUAUCAGGUUUCAAGACGAGAAAAGCAAGCACAGUACGGAGAACAGCCACCUCAAACCGCUGUGCGACUUCAGCGAGAGUCUCGUGCGCUUCGGCAGCGACCAGGAGGUCAUCGCCCUCCACCGGGAGAUCACGCUACAGCUGGAGUCGGCGGUGAGUGAGAUGGAGCCGACAGAGGUGCCUGACGACUUGCGGAGGGAGAUGUUCUUUGAGCCAGGAACGCUCCCCAAUGUCGCUGAAUGGAUACAGAUAGGCACAGUGUCAGUCUCCCCCACUGACGGUUUCAGCAGGAACUCCAAACUCUCUAUCACAAGCAGGGACAGCGGACACGGGUCUGAGCUGUCUCUGGAGAGCGUUGGAUUACCAAGGAGCCUGUCAUGUGAGAGUGACAUCUUUAUAGAUGAGAUGAGCAAGUCCAACAAAGACCUACCGGGUGCCGCAGGUGAAGAAACCAGCCUUCAUGACGGAGAAAAGGCCAAGAAGGGGUGGAAAAGUCUAAAGCAUAAAAUGAAGAAACACAGCUUCAAAACAUCAGACAAAAGCCGCAAGCUAUCCUCUCCUACAAACAGCACAGAGCAGCUACACGAGUUGGGGAAUGCUGGGAAAGAAGUGGAGACGGUGAAAUCUGCAAGACGAGGAUCGAGACUGAGCUCGUCUGACCUGUCCCUUGUAAGCCUGGGAUUGGUCAAGAGCCCGACAGCAGAGGGGUCUCAAGGCCAAGAAAAGGGUAAGAACAAGUGGCAACACCUAAGAGAGAGGAUGAAGCUUAAAUCGACAGACAAGCACCAACGGUCCCUGUCCAAUGGCUCAGAGGAAGAAGAAUCGGGAGGGAACGCAAAGAAGCUUGUGAGAUCUGCCAGGAAGGGGUCCGUGUUCCGUAAGGUCGUGACCAUGGCUGUGAUACAAGAGAAAGGAAAUCAGGAACCAGCAAGGGAGGAGGCAUCGGGUACGAGUGAACAUCUUGACUGGAGAAGACACAGCACGGUUGGCAUGUCAGGUCUCUCCUACGCCAUGGGGCAGAGCCCCCGCGUCUUGGAUACUCUGAAGAACACGAGGUCGAGAGAAAACGCUCGCUUAAACUGGAGGAAAGCAGGCUCUCAGACCAUCAAUGUUCUUCGUGCCACAACUCCUUUGGCGAAGCCUGACAAAAAAGUACACUUUGAUUGGAGGCAAAAUGGGAACAAUCAGUGAUUUUGCACAAGGUGCCUAAAAAUGAGUUUUGAGUCCAAAAGGGUGACAGUUCAAAGGAUAUCUUAAAUUUUUGUAGAUGUCUUGACAGUCUUGCAUGCUGGGAUUUAUGAGUUAGGUGGUCUGAAAUUGGGUACAGCUACUUGAAUUAAGGAGUCGGGCAAUUAGCAUUUUCUUUGUACUGCAGGGAUAUGCACCUGCAGUUGUUAAAGGAGAAGAUAUCGUUUUGAUGUAGAAAAGAUGUAUAUUUCGGAUAAGGGAAAUAUUGGUUCAUUUUAGGACCCCUAGCAGUUAUUUUUUGGAAUUGCACAUUUAUUAUCAUUUAUUAUAUCUAUAGGUUUCUGGGAGACAUCGAAACAUAACCCAAGUAAGUACCUACUGGUUGUGGAAAAGAAAUCUCCUAUAUCCUACGAGUAUAUGCAAAACGGGUGAACAUGUAAGUUAUGAAUAAACGUAAUUGAUUCAAUUUUUGUAAGAACUCUUUGGAAGAAGGGGACAAAGCUUUGACCUAGUAAUUUGCAUAAUGUAAGCUACUUUUGUUGUUGUCAAUGUCAUUUUUGCAUAGAAAGGGGAGGUGGAAUACAGACACGUAAUUUGGUACCAAUUCAAGGUUUAAUGAUUUUGGAGAUCCAUAUUGUUUAUUUUUCCUGGGUGGAAUAAUCUAUGGCAGAUAAAGGAGUUUGUCCUUGUUUUUCCUCUGUUAGCUGGCAUCCUGCAAAAUGUUAGCCUCUUGUUUGCAAACACAAAAACUGCAGUCCACUAAAAUAGAGUUUUGCCUCUCACAGUUAAGCUAUGCUUCGGUCACAGUUUUCCAUGACUAUAGUAUUGAUUCAGGACUAUAAAAGUUUUGAGGCAUAUCAUAAAUAUACCAGUGUCUUCUCAAACUUCAGAUGACUAGUGUAGUAAUGUGUGACAAAUGGAAUAAACAAGUGUCGCUCCACUUCUUGGCUACUGUUAUUUCUUAAUCAGAUUCUAACUUCAGACAUGUGCAUACUGGGAGUUGUAACAAAUGUCAUAUUGAAAACGUUUUAAUGACUUAAAGAUUUGAUUUAUGACACAUACAUGUAAUUUUCUUUUAUCACUAGCUAUUAAAGGCUAUGUCUCCCUAAACAAAAUGGGAUUGAUCUAAACAUUCCUGACAACAGUUCAUCAAUAGCCAUGAUUUCUCAUCACAAACACACACAUACAUCAGUUACUGUAGUUAUCUUUUUAGAUGGUCCCAUUACAUGCAACAUGUUAAAACUAGCUCUGUUACAACUAUUCCACAAAGUAAUACCAUAUCUAUGUCCCAACAGAGCUUACCAAAUGAAACUCAAGUGCACAGUUUGGUAUUAUUGUGCUAGGGCAUAGAAGACCAUUCAUGGUCUAAAAAG